UUCAUACAUCACCCACAUAAUUAACAAAUUUGGGACACUACACAUUACAAAAUCAAAGAUGAAGUUAACCAUAUAUUCGAUAUUUUUGUUUGUUCUCUGCGGUGUCCUGAUGCCGGUCGAAAUAAUGACGAGGUCCGUGGAAGUCAUAAGGUCCGAUGAGCCGCAGAUAGCGAAUACUUCCCCGAUUAUACAACCCUUGCAUAUCAGGCGUAGGUCACGGGAACUUCCCGAAAUGCCCAUGGAUCUGCCCACGAAGCAUACCCCUUGCGACAUGGACUCUAGGGGCACGCAGAGCUAUGUGUUCGCUUUCCCCAACCAUUGCAUAUGGGCUUUCAAUAAUCGGUACUUGAGCGAAGGCCACUAUCGCAUCUACAAAACUUAUCAGUUGGAAGGUUUUUUUUUUGGUCAGUACUACGAGCGCCUAAAGCGUUACGAACUCGAGCCACAUACCUAUGAUUUCAACACAUAACUUUCACCUUUAGCACUAUAAUUAAAUUAAUAAAAUUAUAAUUAAAGUCUUAUGAACUACCAACAUUUAAA